CAUAGCAGUCUAGGCACUGCCGGACCCUGGAAUCAUAUCCCAUAUCACAAAGAAUAAAGUCUUACCUUGCAUAUAACCUCCUUUAUUUCACAUCCCUCAGGAGUCACGUAAUCUGUUCUUUCCAGCCCACCUACCUCCUAAUAACCCCUGCUGUUUCAGCCCUUUGUUCUCUCAUUGGCUUGAUGAUGCGGUAUUUGGGGUACUGAGGGCAAUAUAAGGAAGAAGGUAAGCUGCAUCAAUCACUAGUUGGAGGGGAUGGAGUGAAAAGUCCACACCAUCAACAUAAGCAGGUAAGACGCAUUUGUUGCUUUAUUACACAUUGUAGACAAACUAUGUUGCAGUAUUAGAUCUUUUCCAAAGUGAUGCACCUAUUUUGUCUGCUGCCUCCAAACCUCCACUCCCGUUUUAUUCACAGAUCAUUGUUCCAAGCUUUCAGCAUGCCUUCCCUUCACCUUAUCUUCCUCUCCGCCCUCCUUGUGGUCCUGAUGGCCGUGCUAACCUCCAGUGCCAGAUCCACACGCUGGCCCAAACCUCAGAGCACCAAGAAGCCCCCCCGAGCUGGGAGCGGCGGCGGAGGUGGAGGAUUUGUACGAACCACCACCACGACCGCGCCCCCUCCCAGCAGCCUGCACACAGAUGAGACGACUGAGGUUAUGAUGGACGCUUACUCCUCGUCCCCAACAGACAGCACCACCUACUCCAGCGACACUUACCCCACUGCGUUCCUCACGGAUCCCAUGGCGCCCCCUGGGAACACCCCUGGAAACUAUACCCUCGACUACAAUGAAUGUUUCUUCAACUUCUGUGAGUGCUGUCCACCAGAGAGAGGCCCCGUAGGACCCAGGGGAGAGAGAGGGCCACCAGGACAGUCAGGAGAGAGGGGCCCUCCAGGGAUGCCAGGAGAAAAGGGAGAAACAGGUCCAAGAGGACUUCCAGGACCAGCCGGACUACCUGGAGCCAAUGGGCUCAAUGGCGACAUAGGUGAAAAAGGUGAUCAAGGAUCUGGGGGUCUUCCUGGUAUCCCCGGGGUCCCAGGAAAACCAGGAGAAAAAGGUGAUCCAGGCCCCAGAGGAGAGAAAGGUGAACGUGGCUUCAGUGGUUUGAAAGGGGACCCGGGAGAGAGAGGCGAGCCUGGCCUGAAUGGGACUAAGGGCAGCACUGGGCGAGAUGGGCUUAUGGGUCCCCCAGGGAUAGUUGGGACAAAGGGUCAGAAAGGUGAAAAAGGACUUCCAGGCGAGUGUUUACCGGGUGAGAAAGGAGAGAAAGGGGAUGUGGGUGAAGGUGGGUCCCCUGGUCUGAGAGGCGAGAUGGGCCCACCGGGAAUGAAUGGAACUGAUGGUAGAAAGGGAGAGAGAGGAGAGCAAGGGCCUUCAGGAGGGAAGGGGGAUACUGGGGUGAGAGGGCCGCCAGGAUCUCCAGGUUUGAGGGGUAUGGCAGGGCUGAGAGGGGAGAGGGGGCCAAAAGGUGGGCGUGGGCCUCGGGGGCCUAAAGGCUCACCAGGUGAAAGUGUGGAGCAGAUUCGCUCUGCCUUCAGUGUGGGCUUGUUCCCCAGCAGGUCCUUCCCUCCGCCCGGUGUACCUGUGAAGUUUGAUAAGGUGUUUUACAAUGGGGAGGGGCACUGGGACCCAUCACUCAACAAGUUCAAUGUCACGUACCCGGGGGUUUACUUAUUCACUUACCACAUCACUGUGCGCAACCGGCCUGUGCGUGCUGCCCUGGUGGUUAAUGGGAUGCGGAAGCUGCGAACUCGGGAUUCUCUGUACGGCCAAGACAUCGAUCAGGCGUCCAACCUCGCGCUGCUGCAGCUGAAUGACGGCGACCAGGUGUGGCUGGAGACGCUGAGAGACUGGAAUGGAAUUUACUCCAGCAGUGAGGAUGACAGCACUUUUUCCGGCUUCUUGCUUUACCCAGGCUCAAACAACAAACCUACUGGUAUAGAAAACCUUUGAACUACAACCUUUGACCUUGAAUGAGCUCUGAUUUUAACUUCUUGCAGACUCUGCACAACCUUCCGCCUAUUGCACUGCUCUGUCAAAUUAACGUGAGUCAGCUGAACGCUGCUGUUUCAGUAUCUGCCUUCUGUUGCUAAUCAAACCAAAUGCUUUGCUUGCCUUGCUGUAUUUGGAGAUGGAUGAGGCUUGAUUAUACUGCUGUAUGCAACACUUCAUUUCUUUUUAACAAUGCAUUAAAAAUGAC